CGCCAACAUGGGUGACGUUGUUUCAGAGAAGCCGGGCACCAGCUCGGAGAUCGAGGCGCAGACUUCCAACGUUGACCCUGUUCAUAAUGCUAAUCUCAAGGUCGAAUAUGAUAGGACGGGUGCAAUUGAGGCAGAACAUGCCGAAUACAGAAUGGGGGUGCUUCAGGCUGUCCGGGCCUACCCGGCCGCCAGCUGGUGGGCAUUCGUCAUGUCAUGCACCAUUAUCAUGGAGUCAUACUGUGUCUUCCUAAUGGGAAAUUUCAUAGCGACUGCUCGAUUCGCCAAGAACUACGGUGUUUAUAAUGUCGAACAGGACCAGUGGUUUAUCGAAGCCUCUUGGCAGUCGGCAUUCCAAUGUGGCGGUCCCAUUGGAGCUAUAAUCGGAGUUUUGAUUGCUGGUCCAAUUACUAGUUGGAUCGGUUAUCGAUGGGCGACCAUUGGCGGCCUCAUGGCGUUGAACUGCUUCAUCCUCGUGUUCUAUUUUGGCGACUCCCUCGGAGUGUUGCUACUGUCGCAGCUGCUCGAAGGUGUCCCCUGGGGUAUCUUUAUCGCAAAUGCACCCGCCUACUGCAGUGAGAUAGUGCCGCUAAGACUGAGAGCUCCUGCUACACAGAUGCUACAGAUGUUUUGGGCGAUCGGGUCGAUCAUUGUCGGUGGAAUUACCUAUCACUACCAGUCUAAGGAUAGCGACGCUUCGUAUAGAGUUCCCAUUGCUCUCCAAUGGAUGUUCCCUACACCUCUUGCUAUUCUCCUCUUCAUCGCACCAGAGUCACCUUGGUGGCUCGUGCGAAAGGGCCGUCUCGCAGAGGCAGAGAAGUCUGUCAGACGUCUUGGACGUUCAAGUGCGACUGACAAUCCCGCUGACUCCGUUGCAAUGAUGCGUCGCACGAUCGAGCUCGAAAAAACCGAGAAGAAGCCGAGUCUUGUCGAACUCUGGAAAGGCACCGAUCGCUACCGUACAUUAAUCGUAUGUGGUGUUUACGCUGCUCAAAACCUAACAGGCAACUUAAUAGCGAAUCAAGCAGUGUACUUCUUCCAGCGCGCCGGCAUGUCCGACAACACCGCGUUUGCCCUCGGCCUCAUUACUUCGGCCCUCCAGUGGAUCAUGGUUAUGCUCUCUUGGGUCCUUACCACUUACCUUGGCCGACGCACGAUCUAUGUCUGGGGUUCCUUCAUCAAUUGUGCGUUUUUGAUUGCCCUCGGUAUCGCGGCUUCAGUGGGUAGUAGUGAUGCAGCUACCCAGGCACAAGCAUCUCUUGGCCUGAUCGUCUCUGUCCUAUUCUGCUUGGGACCGGCCCCGGCAUCCUGGGUUAUCAUCGGAGAAACGUCUUCUAUCCGUCUCAGGCCAUUGACAACUGGCGUUGGACGCGGGGCUUACUACCUGGUCAACAUUCCUUGUAUAUUUUUGGCUAGCUACAUGCUUAACCCGGACCAGGCGAAUCUAGGUGGCAAGUGUGGCUACGUCUGGGCUGGUACUGCGUUUGUCUGUACAGUCAUGGCUUGGAUCUGGAUCCCGGAGAUGAAGCACCGAUCUUAUCGCGAGAUUGACAUUUUGUUCAACCGUCGUGUCCAAGCCCGCAAGUGGAAGAAGACUGUUGUCGACAUUAACGACGAUGAGUAAUCGGAAAUGUUCCAGAUCGUCGAGAGGCUCGAGUGCCACUAGUUGUGCAAGAAUUCGG